CGUACCUACUCCCCCAAGACGACGUACAUGCUCGCCCCCUGGAAUCGCGUGGUGGAGAGCGACCAUAUUGCUGCUAUCGGCGGAGGUAGGGUUGUUCUCCCCCCGUAAGGCCUAUCGGACGCGGUUCUUUUUGCCUUUGUUCAUGUUUGAAACAACCGUGGACGCGUCCGUGUCUUGGACUGAAGCUCGGUUCGUCUAAGAGCGACAUAGGAGCGCCACACUCCCGCCGAACAACUUCACUUUUCCCCUUCGAGCGCAUUCGGACUGGGGGGGAGGAGAGGACUGGUAAUCUCGAAGGGGGUGGGAGAACCACGGCGCUUGCAAAUGGCCACUCAGGUGGAGGCUCUCCUGCCGGGCAACCCGCUUAUCAAAGCGGAGGAGCGGGGCAAAGUGAGACGCGGCGAACCGGAGUCGGAGCUUGAGGUCGACGGGGCCAAGCGGGGCCAGGCGGGGAGUUUAGCUGAGGAGGAGGAGCUGGAGCCCGGCAGCGACAACGCAAACAGGCUCGGGCUGAACCCCGGAAGCCCCAUGCGGGACACGAAGGGGAACGAGGGGGGCUGUGACAGCGAGGUCAAAGCCGGCGAGGAUGACGGUAAAAGCCGAAAGGACCUUUCGGAGGCCCCCCCGCCCAAGGUGAACCCGUGGACUAGGAAAAUGAACGCGGUGACCGUGGUCAGCGUGAACGGACAAGCACAUCACGAGUUGACCGGUCCCGCCAGGGUGGUGAGAGCAGGCAACCCUCCCAAGGCCAGACGUGGAGGCAAGGUCGGAGACUUUGGCGACACCAACAGUUGGCCCACCCCGGGGGAAAUCGCAACGAAAGACAUGCAGAUCGAGGCAGUGACACGGACCGUGUCCUGCCCACCGACUGUCAGGCAGGGCAAAGACUCGUGGAGAUCCACUGCCCACAAGAAGAUAUCCACCAAGAAGGAAACGAAGGAGAAGCGCGAGAGCAACGAGGAGAGCAAGGAGAACCUCAAGACCAACAAGUCGGACGACUCUGGGGAGGAAAAGAAUGGAGACGACGAUUCCCACAAGAAUGGCCAGAAGAAAAAAGGAAACAAACAGAAGUGGGUUCCGCUGAUGAUCGAGGGGCCCCGGGAGCGUUCGGCCUCCCGGAAUAACAGCAGGCAGAACGAAAAUCCUCGCCUGCCGCCCAAUGCCAGGAACGACCUCCGAGACUGGCACAGUCAGAAGUACGAGCGGGAGUGGCGCGACGACCACGACGAGGUGUCCAGCGUCAAGAGCGAGGGGGCCCCGUUCCGCGGCGGCUUCAGGGGACGCGGGCGCGGCCGAGGGAGAGGCAGAGGACGGGGGAGAGGCAGAGGCCACUACGACUACCACCAAGGCUACAAGUCGUACAACACGAAAGACGGACCCUACGGGCAGAAAUUCAGCAACUCGGUCACCUACUACUACGACAACAUGAGCAGCAGCGACCUUUAUUCGGUGGACCAGGACCUGCUCAAGGACUACAUCAAGAGGCAAAUUGAGUACUACUUCAGCCUGGACAACCUGGAGCGCGAUUUCUUCCUGCGGAGGAAGAUGGACCAGGAAGGAUUCCUGCCCAUCGGACUCAUCGCCAGCUUCCACCGCGUUCAGGCCCUCACCACCGACGUCGCCAUCAUCCUGGAAGCUCUGAAGGACAGCAAAGAAGUGGAAGUGCUGGACAUGAAGAUCCGUCGCAAGUUGGAGCCCGAGAAGUGGCCCCUGCCGGGCCUGACGCUGCCAAACCACACCGACUUCUCCCAGCUCAUCAACUGCCCUGAGUUUGUCCCCAGGCAGCCCACUGAGGAUCCCGCUGGGUCUCUCAGGGCCUCGACCCUGACGCAACGUCCGCCCAAGGCCGAAUCUGACAUGCCCUCCAACCUUAAGACGAUGCCCAAGGGCCUCUCCGCGAGCCUCCCCGACCUAGACUCCGAGUCCUGGAUCGAGGUCAAGAAGAGGCCCAGACCUUCGCCGGCUAGACCCAAGGUCAGCCCAGAGAAGGCGCCCUCCUCACAGCAGCAGAGGGAAAAGGACAACGCCGGCCGUUUGCCGCCGCCUCAGUGCGGCUCUUCGUCCUCUCCCGCCAUCCCUGGAAAUAAGGAGAGCGGCGAGCAGGAUGAGCCGGAGGAGCUGGACUUCAUGUUCGAUGAGGAGAUGGAGCAGAUGGACGGGCGGCGCAACACCUUCACCGACUGGUCGGACGAGGACUCGGACGGCGAGAUCGACGACCGCGACGUCAACAAGAUCCUGAUCGUGACGCAGACGCCGCCCUACCUGCGCAAGCACCCCGGCGGCGACCGCACGGGCCACCACACGUCCCGCGCCAAGCUCUCCAGCGAGCUGGUCAAGGUGAUCAACGACGGCCUCUUCUACUACGAGCAGGACCUGUGGGACGACACGUACGAGCCCGAGUACGCCACCAUCAAGCAAGAGGUGGAGAACUUCAAGAAGGUUCACCUGAUCAGCCGCGAACAAUUUGACUGCCUGACCCCCGAACCCCCCGUCGACCCCAACCAGGAAGUUCCCCCGGGCCCCCCGCAACCCCAUCAGAUCCCGACAGACGCCUUGGCGAACAAACUCUUCGGCGCCCCCGAACCCUCGUCGAUAGCGCGGUCGCUCCCGACGACCGUGCCCGAGUCGCCCAACUACCGCAGCGCCCGCACGCCGCGCACACCGCGCACGCCUCACCGGAAAGACGCCACCAUGACGCCGCGCUUCUACCCCGUGGUCAAGGAAAGUCGGCCUGUUGACGCCAAGACCCCGAGGAAGCGCAAGACCCGGCACAGCUCCAACCCGCCCAUGGAGUGCCACGUGGGCUGGGUGAUGGAUUCCAGAGAACACCGCUCCCGAACCGCCUCCGUCAGCUCCAACGCCAGCCCCUCCGAGGGCACCCCCGCCCUGGGCAACGUGGGCUGCACGCCGCAGUCCCUGCCCAAGUUCCAGCACCCAUCCCACGAGCUGCUCAAGGAGAACGGCUUCACGCAGCACGUCUACCACAAGUACCGCCGGCGCUGCCUAAACGAGCGCAAGCGGUUGGGAAUCGGCCAGUCGCAGGAGAUGAACACGCUCUUCCGCUUCUGGUCCUUUUUCUUGCGGGAUCACUUCAACAGGAAGAUGUACGAGGAGUUCCGCCAGCUGGUGCUGGAAGACGGCAAAGAAGGAUACAGGUACGGUUUGGAGUGCCUGUUCAGGUACUACAGCUACGGUUUGGAGAAGAAGUUCCGGCCGGACAUCUUCAAGGACUUCCAGGAAGAGACCAUGAAAGACUACGAAGCCGGUCAGCUGUACGGCCUGGAGAAAUUUUGGGCCUUCCUCAAGUAUUCCAAAGCCAAGGCCUUGGACAUCGACCCCAAGCUGCAGGAGUGUCUCGGCAAGUUCAAGCGACUGGAGGACUUUAGAAUCGAUCCGCCGAUGGAGGAGGGAGGCCGACGGAGGCACUCGUCCAGCGGGGACGGCCGCCGCCGCCACCCCUCGCAUCCCUCCAGUCGCCCCCACAGCCAGAACAGCAGCGGCUCCAGCCCCGUUGCCGCCGCCGCCGCCAAGGACGACACCAAACUUGACACCAAGACGCUCAAGCUUAAGGAAUGAGGGCGAAAUAUAUCAUGAUGUGCUUGAAGGAUGAGUUAAAUUUGGGAGAUUUUUUUUUUUUCUGAACAAGGCAAGCAAGCAAUGAGGUGUCAAACACGCAUUUUUCUUUGCACAUCGUUGCCAGUCCACCAGGUGGAUGUUUUUUUUUUUUUUUAAUGGUUAUCUAACCACAAUUUUUGUUUCCUUCCCUUUCGAAGAAUGAAUUACAUAUUUUUUUUUUUUUUUUUUUUUUACGGGUGGGGGGAGUGCGGCAUCCAGAGACAAUUUUCCGAAGCGCACGUACGAUGUCGACGCCUCUGCUGACAUCCAAGCGGACCAAAGCGCCUUCAAAAAAAGAUUUGAUUUGCUGGAAUUUUUUUUUUUUUUUUUUUUUUUUUUGAUGAAGAGGAGGAAAAUAACCAAAUGCUUCAAAACGGAUAGAAGACGUGGAGGAAGAGACUUGGUUUGAGAGUUGCCUUAUCUUUAAUGGUUUUGAAGUUGUUUUUUUUUUCCCCCUUCUGAGCACGUCUUGCCAAACUGCUUGAAUUGUCUUCCCAGUGUCAUUUGGGUCCUGUUACGAGUGCUGUGAGUCCCACCUUGGCUUUUGUCGCGUGGCUUUGUUCGUGCUUAAGCGCAUCCGCGCUCCAUUGGAGGAGAGUCCCGGACCUUUUGAGGGGGGCAGGCGGGGAGGGGCGACGUUUCCUGAUAUUGUUUUCGUACAUCCCAUCCAUGAGCUUCAUCCAUCCAUCCGUCAAGGACUGGAAGAAUCAAUAAAUCCGGAUUACUUGAAGAAGCAGGAAGUGACACAGGUGCUCUGGGCGGAUAUUUUGGCGGAAGGGGAGGGGGUCAUCCUCUUCCUGUUUGACUGACACCCCCCCGCGCUCUCCUCCACAUACACACGGCUCCAUAUCUGCGGCCAAGUCGGCUCCUCGUGGACGUCCUCCCAUCGAAAUGUAAAUGUGAACUUGAUUGAUGAAGAAGAGAACUUUUCGCCGGAUGUAUUUUUGCCUUACACGUGUACGUACUCCUUAACAUGCUAAUGCUUCUGGAUUCUUGGGGGUGGGGGGCCAAGGAGGUAUCAUAUGUUUGUGUGACAUGGGCAGGAUUCUUCGGGGGGCGGGGGGUUCCUUUUGACAUCUGGAACAUUGAAUGUGUAUUUAAAUCGACUAAAGGGAACGGAAAAAAAAAAGCUCAAGCAAAUCUUGUUUCAUGUUGAAAUCUCUUAAAUUUCCCUGUUCCCUUUUUUUUUUUUUUAAUUGAUUGGCACCUCCACCACAAUUGGAUUCAAUUUUCUGGGGGUUAACGUAGAGAGAGUCUUAAAACAUUUGUCUGUGUGUUCCUGUCCCAUGUCUAAAAAAAAACAAUUAUUUGCCUUGUUUGUGUCUUCUGAUGUGGACAUCGCCCUAAUUUUAUCUUCCAACGCAAGCAGAGCUGGACUUUUCCUUCCCUUUCUUCUUCAGGGAGACUCUCGAUGUUUGCGUCAGUGCUUUGUGGCGCGACUUGACGACAAAUGAGAGCCAGAGGAGUGAAAAACAAACAAACAGAUACAAAGAUGAAACUGCGGUUGGCUGCAAUUGUGCUCACUGCUCCACCUCUCGGGACAUUUGGAGGAUUUCGAGGCCUUGUGGGAGUUGUCCACCCCCUCACAGAAACUCUAGGAGGUGCCACGCCCUCAACCUCAACACAAGCUGCCCGCAAAAAAAACGGUGGAAGGGUGGCAAAAAUGCAAAAACAACAAAAAAAAAACAAGCGUGUGAGGAAUAUGGCUGUUUAUGAUGUCUGCAGACUGAAAAGUACAAAAAUGUCAUAAAGCCAUAUGAAUAUAAGAAAAAAAAACUGUAUAUGAAGCAAUGAAAUUGUUCACUGCAUCACUGAAAAAUAUCUUUAGGCUUGUUAUGAGAAAAAAAAUGUGAAAAUGCCC